UCACGCUUUAUAAAGAUUGCAUUUUAUUCAUGGAUUAGAAUAAACUUUAGACUUUAACAAAACACCAGCAGAGAGAGAUAUCUGAAGAUAUAUGCAUUGGGGGAUGGCAACAGCCACCUCGAGUCCAUACCUAGCCAGCAGCAGGAUUUUAUCCGGCCCGGUCCUUCACUCUGAUCGGAGGGUCGGUGGCAUGCAGCCGGGCAGCACCGCUGUGACCACGGUGUCUAGUGGAUACAGGGGGGACCCUUCAGUAAAGAUGGUGCAGAGUGACUUCAUGCAGGGAGCCAUGGUGGCAAGCAACGGGGGGCACAUGCUAAGCCAUGCACACCAGUGGGUGACAUCGUUGCCACACGCAGCAGCCGCAGCAGCCGCGGCCGCGGUGGCAGCAGCCGAGGCCGGCUCUCCGUGGUCCUCCAGCUCACAGCCGCAGGACGUGAAGAGAGGGAGGGAGGACCUCCACACAGGCACCGCUCUGCACCACAGGUCCCUGCAUCUGGGAACGCAUCAGGCGCACCCGGGAAAUUGGGGAGGCACCACCGCGUCGCACAUCAGCAUCACCGAGGGGCAGCAACAGCAGCAGCAGCAGCAGCAGCAGCAGCAGCAGCAGCAACAGUCGCUCAUUUACUCCCAGACUGGCAGUUUUACAGUCAACGGGAUGCUCAGCUCGCACGCGGGGCAGAGCCUCAUGCACCAGGGGCUGUUGCGCGGGGAGUCCCCGGAGCUGGACCACGGAAACCACCACCAUCACCAUCACCACCAUAAUCACCACACGCACCAUAACCAGCACCACGGGGUGAACCACGAACCACACUCAGACGAGGACACGCCGACGUCUGAUGAUUUGGAGCAUUUCGCCAAACAGUUCAAACAGCGGCGGAUCAAGCUGGGCUUUACGCAGGCAGACGUGGGUUUAGCUUUGGGCACCCUGUACGGCAACGUGUUCUCACAGACCACCAUCUGCAGGUUUGAAGCGCUUCAGCUGAGCUUUAAGAACAUGUGCAAGCUGAAGCCACUGCUAAACAAAUGGCUGGAGGAGGCCGACUCCACGACGGGGAGCCCGACCUGCAUCGAUAAGAUCUCCACCCAGGGCAGGAAGAGGAAAAAGCGCACAUCCAUCGAGGUGAGCGUAAAAGGCGCGUUGGAGAGCCACUUUCUCAAGUGUCCAAAACCAUCCGCGCAGGAGAUCAACUCUCUGGCGGAGACUCUGCAGCUGGAGAAGGAGGUGGUCAGGGUCUGGUUCUGCAACCGCAGGCAGAAAGAGAAGCGCAUGACGCCGCCAGGACUGCCACGCACUCCGGAGGACGCAUACUCGCAGGUGGGCAGCAUGGGUCCUGACACACCGUCCCCCUCCAUAGACUGCAAGAGGAUGUACAGCGACACGUGAAAAUAACUUGCCGGAGAAUUCUGAACUGUGUUUGAAGUGUUUGAAUACAUUUUUAGAGAAAAUGUUUCAUGUUUCCCUAAACGAUAUGGUAAUUGAUUAACUUUUCUUACAGCCCUUGUUCUUUGAUCCUCAAUGAUGAUGUUAUCCAGUGUGUAUUCAUUUCAGAGCAGGACACAUCCUCGGGUAUAUCCUCUGCACUAUGAAUCAGCCUUUGGGACAGAAAGAAAAACUAAAUUCUGAAUAGAAAACUAUUUAAAGUUUAUUAAAGGUACGUUGGAUCACAAAAGGGGAUAAUAACAUAAUGAAAAUGUUUUCAAUCUGAUGCCAAAAAGUGCAAAGAAAAGAGUGAUUUCCAUAUCUCUAUAUGUUAAAAAGAAAGGUUCCCCUGUAAUGCUGCAGAGCGUGAUGUCCCUCAGGCUAGACUGGGUUGUAUCCUACGUUUCUUUUAUAUGAAAGACGUCAAUUAAAUGCAUUUUAUUCAGCAUUAAGUUGUUUUUAAUGAGCAAUAAUUUAUCUUCCUUCAAAUGUGUUUCUCACUUGUGUUGUGUGUCAGUGGAUUUAUGUCGUGACACAGUUUAAGGUGGUCAAAGGUCGAUUUAAGAUUAUACCAGUCAUGUGUUUUCAUUCAUAGGAAACUCCUUUUUUUAAAUUAGCAAACAUUCCCUUAAGUUUAUGUACAAGUACAUCUGCUGUGUAUUCUCUUGUGAUGAUUUGGACUAUUUAUUUUUUUUCCCACUGUGCUUAUUUUCAUGGAAUAGACUAAUUAUUUAAUAAA